AUUAGGGGAAACUUGAGGGGUUGGCCACUUCGGUCCACACUCGCUCAUUUGUAUUCUGUUGUAAAAAAACCCCAAAUCAAACAAUGAACCCCGACAAAAACGUUAGUUAUAGCAACACUUCACAGUUAGCAGCUACGGGGACUCGGAAACGAGUUGGCUGGUUCAGUGAACAACAACGGAGGAGCAGAGUGCCCGAGGACUUAAGAGCAAGCAUGAUGCAUAUUCCAACAAGAGACAAAGCCGAGCCCAAGAGCACAAUCGCGUCAUCUGCUGUGGUGACAGGGGCAAGGGCUGCUCAGCUGAAGACUCAGCCAGUGCAAGCAACUGCCGGUAAAUGGAAGUCUUCUUUCAAACUCAUCGAGCCAGAAAAUCCUGAAGAGGCAUCACAGAGGCAGAGCAGUGAUGAAAGGACUGAUAUUUACGACCCCGUCGAUCCUCCUAUGGAAGACUUUCCCAAAGUCAACUUCUGCGGGAUAAGCUGUGACUCCCCGCCCAAGCAGGAUGACAACCCCGAGUGGCAACGCUCCCUCCCCGAGCAGGACAACAACCUUGACUGGCAAAGCUCCCCACGCGAGCAGAACGGCGACCUCGAGUGGCAACGCAUGUCUCCGGACAGAAGCGGCCGUGAUUCCCCCAUGUGGAUGUCGGACCGAUCCUUGGACGUACAUGACUUCGGCCCUGAGAGCAAUCUGGGUCGUUGUCGGCUGUCUGAGCGACGGUCCUCCAGCCCGGACAUGAAAUCGACGGAAUUCCUGCAAUACGGACGUAGUCGAAGAUCUUUUAGUCCCGACAGCCGUAGUAACGGCUCAUCUAGCCUACGAUACGCUCCGCCUUACGGAGGAAAGAGGACCAACGGAGAAGAGAUGAGCAUGCCUGAGUACAGAAGCCCGAUGAUCCCUCGUGUUAGAUUAUCCUCACCCCCGUUGCAGCAGGACGAUGAAAUUGAGGGUCCCUCAGAAGCAGAACCAGAGCACAAUACAGGGAUGCCAAGAACAAGAAGACAAAUGCGAAGAUCUGUACAAAUGGACCAGAUCACCAUCAACUGUGACCUAUGUGAUGUUGAAGUCAGCAAUGGGCAGGAGCUGGAGAAACAUUUGCAAAGCAAAAUUCACUGGGACACCAUGGAGCACAUCCAGGAGCAGAAUAACUAUGACGAUAUGACCAUCGCCUUCCUGCAGGACGUUAUGCUGUAUAAAAGCAUCAAGUGCAGCCGAGCCAUUGAUUACAGCACUCUUCAAGCUCUGCAGGAGGACGACCACAUGACAAAGGUGUCAUUGUUCCACUGCGCGGCGUGCCAGGUGCUGGUAUCCACGGCGGCGGUGGCUGUACAGAAUCACAUCACCUCUCCGGAACACCUCUCCAACAACAAAGAAUUUGAAGCGCAACAGCGACGCACUUCACUUGCCACAGCGGAUACCAUCAUGAAAGAGUUGCAGCCUCAGUUUGAAAAUUUUGUGAAGGGUUUCAGCCAAUUCGAAUGAAAACGGCCCUUGAAAGAUAAACUACACCUGGUGCUAUUCGCCAAAAGUUAACAACAAACUCACUUCCCUUUCACCAUAACAACACACGUCUAGAGCUGUAGAAUUAAAUCACAGAUUGCUUUUCAUCUGCCUGAGCCAACCUCGAUGAGAAAAAAAAAUACUAUCAACGAGGUAAAGUCCACUUGUGCAUUUUUUUUUAUUUAGAACACAACUGUUUUAAACCUUGUAUUUGUGAUAUAGUACAUUUGAAAAUCAAAUUUAAAAACUCUGUUUCAUCACUAAAUAUCGUCAACGAUGUGUCGUGUGUGCACAACAACUGGAUGUUCCUUAAGAAAUUUUAACAUGGUUCAAUUAGAAACAGGAACUUAAGUACUUUAAAAAAAAUAAUAAUAAAGCAUUUUCUUUCUGUCACUUUAGAAUUUCCAGAUUGUUGAAAUACUCAAAUUCUGUUCCAUAAAAGUGACACAGGAUUUUUAAGGUUGGAGUAGAAAACAUCGCUUUUUUUCUCUUCAUAUUUUAUAAAUUGAUACAGUAGAGGUGCUCUCAGAUGUAGAAAAAAUAUUGAGGUAAAAGUUGUCUUGAAAAGACACGCACUGCAUGAAACAAAACUGUCCUGUUUUGGAAGUGUACUCCAAAAUGGUUGAAGAGAAAACAGAAAAAGGGCAAGAUCCAAAAUAAUUGGCGUUAAGUGACGUUCUUAAAGACAAGUGUACUUUUGGCAAGUACUUGUGUUUGACUAAAAAAAGUGAAAAAUUUACAUACACAUACAGUCUAGUGAAAAUCUAGCCCCCCCCC